CACACUGCCUCUGUCGUGGAAGACGGGAGUGUCUGGUCGACCUCAUAUCAUCACCAUCUCCUAUACACUCCCAUCCCAUUGCUACAUUUCCCUGCGCCCAUCAUGCCGAGUAAAGCAGUGGUCCCGGUCCUCGUGGCCAUGAUGCUGCUAACCGGCUGCUGCAAUACACUUCUAACAAAGCUGCAGGAUCAAGUCUGCGUGGCCGAUUGUGAUACAGCCAAACCGAAGCUCUUCGAGAGUCCCGUCCUACAGACAUUGCAGAUGUUCAUUGGAGAAAGCGGCUGCUGGCUUGUCGUCUUUCUCGCUUACCUCCUGCAACGCCUUCGACAACCGAGCGCGACCACUCCGGUCGACGAGAUAGCGUAUGAGCCGGUUAAUGAAAGAGACGAUUCUGAAGUGGAAGACGACGAGCAUGAUGGCAGCGCUGCCCUGUCUACGUCGCAGACUCUCGUAGACCCUACAAACAUCAUCGCGAAGCCAGCGUAUGACGCGGCCCCAAUAGAGCGUGUGCCUCUGCAAGGAUGGAAGGUCACCCUCCUCGCUAUGCCAGCUAUUUGCGAUAUCUGUGGCACAACAUUGAUGAAUGUGGGACUGCUAUUCGUGGCCGCAUCUAUCUACCAGAUGACCCGUGGAGCAUUAGUCCUCUUCGUUGGACUCUUCAGCGUGAUCUUCCUAAAGCGCCACCUGGGAGCCUGGAAAUGGGCCAGUCUGUUCAUCGUGGUGCUCGGUGUUGCAGUGGUGGGACUUGCAGGUGUGAUUGAUCACAAGGACGGCCUUCCUGAGCUACCUGGGGAUGCGAACCCUGACAAUAACACCGACUUGCGCCUCAAAUCGUAUGUGUACAUUCGUGCGGCAGUGUCAAGUGUUGAACAGCACACAGCGGCGGAAUCACUUCUAGGCUUCUUCCUGAUCGCUUGCGCUCAAAUAUUCACGGCAACGCAAUUUGUGCUCGAGGAAUCGAUCAUGGAGAAGUACAGCAUGGAUCCAAUCCGUGUUGUGGGCUGGGAAGGAGUCUUUGGAUUUAUCGUCACACUCAUUGGUAUGGGGAUUCUGCACGCCUUCAUCGGCUCUACAGAUGCCGGACGAGGGGGUUAUUUUGACGCACGCGACGGCUUCUACCAGAUGUUCCACCACAAAACAAUUGGCAUCACCUCGCUUCUGAUCAUGAUAUCGAUUGGUGGCUUCAAUUUCUUCGGUCUUUCCGUGACCCGGGUCAUAUCCGCAACUGCUCGGUCUACUAUUGAUACAUGCCGCACUCUGUUCAUUUGGAUGGUGAGCCUAGGGUUAGGCUGGGAGACCUUCAAAUGGUUGCAGGUUGUGGGCUUCGCGCUACUAGUGUAUGGUACCGCGAUCUUCAAUGAGAUCGUGCAGCCACCGACAGUCGCAUUCCUGCGACGCAAGCGUCACAUUGCGCUUCCGGAGUAGAGCAUUUAGCCUCACGUUGUCGCAUCUCCGGGGCAUGUUCAGAAGCCAUGCGCUUUCUGGUACUCUCGAUGCAGUAGAUCGGCCAAAGCUCCACCAAGGACAACAUCGAUGGGCGCCCAGUAGCGAACUCCGACCUUGAACAGCAUCCGAGCAACCCAGCUCACUCCACCAAUGCAAGCACCCACAUCGAUGUGCUUUCUGACCUCAUCUUCGUCCCGUCGAAGCUCUCUAUCGUGGCACCACCGA